UGCGGUGCACAGGGAGCAGUGAAGGUGUCAUUAGCACCUACUUGUUACUUCUAACCCCAAGCCAUUUGCGACAAAGCACAAGCCUACACAUUGCAUGAAGUCCUCAUGGCUGCUCAUCCCUAAAGUAAACAUUGGCUUGGGCCGCCUCUGCCCAGGGAUGGCUAUAAAGCCUGGGACAUACCAGAUGAGACAUCAGUGCAAAGAACCGUGCAGAGAUAAUCGCUUGUUGGGAAUGGAGAAGAUCAACACUAUGGACAUUGGUGGGACAGCUAGUGGUUUGCUUAGUUCGGAGGGCUCCAGCUGCAAGCACCUCAGGCAUCGCAAGUCCUUAUCUGAGAGGUGGAAGUGUGAGCCCAGAGGACCAGCCAAGACAGAGUCUCAGCGACCUCACAUGUUGUUCUGGAGACCUUGGCUUGUUAAAUCCCAUAAACCAAAGACCCAUAUCCAUCCAUAUGCCAGAGGCUUGUGUGAAAAUCCUCAAGUACAGAAGCCUGUGGAGUACAACCAUCCUGUGAGAUUAUUUUGGCCCAAAUCAAAGUCAUUGGCUCACACCUACCAGGAGGCAGCAGAUUUGCUUAGAAACUUUCCUGUUCAAGCCACAAUAUCUUUCUACAAUGACUCAGAGUCAGACACGGACAAUGAAGAGGACAGCAGUGAGGAGGAACAUGACUCAGGAUUUGAAUCAGAAUAAUAGCCCACAUUAUUUUGCAGAAGAACUAUUGGACUACUACUUGUGUAUAUCUAUACAUUUGUACACAGGUAAAACCGAAGCUUGCAGAAUGCCACUGAAAUAAAUACAGUCCAGACUCUGGCCCUCAAACUCCAGCAGUUUAGUAUCUGUUGGUCCUUGGAUCAGAAAGCUGUUAUAUGUAUGGCAAUGUUAAAUUUGGACUUCAAUGAUGUUGGGGCCCAUGAAAAUGAACUUUUGGGGGGUCACACUAUUUAUAUAAAGUAGAACUGUCAUAUUGAUGGCCCUUUAGGAGUUUCCAAACAGCAGUGCCCAGCAAUCCCAGGAUCACCAAAAAGUGAAAGGCUUUAGGAUAGAAACAGUAAUAUAAAGUGGUACCUUCAUCUUGCUCUAUUGUUUCUACUAUAUCUUCUGGUUAUAUAUAUAUAUAUAUAUAUCUGGCAGCCUCAAUCUCUUUCAAGAGGCUAAUAUCCUCAUGAGCUGCUACAAUGCCUGCACACUGUAGAGAAACAUUUGUAGGGUUUUCAGUCUUACUACCUUCAUCUUCUGCUGUGUGGUAACCCACAAGGGGGCUCCAUGCAGUUCCUCCCUGUUUGGAUACCCCCUAAGCACCGUUCUAAGUGUGCACUUUAUGUGUAGAACUAGAGAACAUUUGGCCCAUCUGAUGACUUUGAUAUACAUUUGUAUGGCCACUCAUACAGAGUAGCACAUGGUUUGACCCCCGUACAAUCACCUUUACGUUACAUAUUGAACUGCCAUGUGAAAUGUAUAAUGAAAAGCUUCAAAUGACAGAUGAAGUAGGGGCUUAAAGCAGGAAAGGUUCUCAACCAGAGCACUUUUCUUUUAAAAGAAUGAAAGCAGCAAGGGUGUUUCUGCUCUUGCAACGAGAUGGUUGAGCAUCAUUCUCUAAAUGGUAUGUGGGAAAAUUUGAAGCACCUCUUUAAUAUAUAUAAUGUAAAAAUGUAAGAUAUGAUAUAUAUAUAUAUAAGUGAAAUUAUUUAUUUGUAUGAUAUGGUAUGGCAUUUUCUAUGACUUAUUAAUAAAGUUGUAAUGUUAAACGUA